AUGAAACUGAAGUCCGUUUUUCUGCUUCCCGGCUCCCUCCAGCUCUCUCGCGUGGCGUGGAGUCACCUCCUGCGCUGGGUGAAAGACUCCCGAUCUGUCCUUCGUCACCGAUGCUGGGACACGCGCCCCUCCUCCCCCGACCGCUAUGCAGGUCCCGCCAACGCGCUCCGGCUAGACAGGAAGCAGCAGCUAGGCACGGAAGCGAGGACGCCUCCAUCCGACGGAACCCAAAGCCAUUCGCACAGGGCCGAGGCACCCGGCAGGAAGGGCCUCGUGGACGUCGAUGUGCUCAGCCUCAGCCCACGUGAGAGGCCGGCGCUGCUGGAGCGCCUCAUCCACGUCGCCGACAAGGACAACGAGCGGUUCCUGCUCAAGCUCAAGGCCAGGGGAGCUGACGCCGGCGGUUCUUCUCAUGGUUCUGCUCUGCUCGCGGUGGUGCUGGGUUCACCUGGGUGGCGCCUUGAAAGUGCUCGAUGGAAUGCCUAG